AAGGGGGCGGGGUCCGCGUAGAUCGCUCCGGCUGCCGCCGAGGAGGAGCUGGCCCGAGCGCCCAGCCAUUCCCGGCACAGGACUGCGGCGCUGCCCGCACCCUGCCCUGAGGGCGGGAGCCGCCCCCACCCUGGGGCUGAACCGCCGGAGCCGGGACGUGUCCUCUGGGCCCUGGGUGGUAGCAGCGCCCCCCAACCCCGGCUUCUCCCUAUGGGGAGCUCCCUGGCUCUGCAGCAGCGGGGGCCGAGCCCUGCGCGCUGAUUGGAAACCUCCCUCGUCCCUGCCUGGACCUUCGCUGCCCGGGACGCAGGGGGCUGCCCAGGCUCCAGCAAGAGCAAAGCUCCGCAGCCCUCCUCACCUGCCGGCUCCCGCCCCGCUCUGCCAUGGUGUGGGGCGGCCGGGCCCCCUGCGCCGAGAGCAGCAUCUGCCCGGGGAGGCGAGACGCGUGGCGGCGCUAAGGGCGAGAACUGACAACGCGGGGAACAUCCGCAGCCUGGUGGUGACAUCCAUGGGCUGGGCCCGCACUUUAUUUUUCCUCGCGAACUGUUGUUGUUACUUCUACACGAGGCGAAGCCGGUGAAGGUUUGGGCGGCCUGGAGCCGAUCAGAGAGCGAGGGAGGAUGGAGGAGGGAGAGGUGAGGUGGGAUGGGCUGUGCAGCAGGGAUGCCAGCACCAGAGACGCUGCCUUGGAAAACAUCCGGCAAGCUGUUUUGAGGAGAACAGCACAAAUUUCUCCUAUAAAGGAGGAUCCUCCUCCUGAGUCAUCGGAAGGACGCUUGGCUUCUGCUACAGCUCUGGAAAGUUUGAAUGAGAUGCUGGCUCGCCUGCUCAUGCUUUCCAAGAGAUGCCCCUUUAGAGACGUGAGAGAGAAGAGUGCGUCUAUCCUAAGCAAUGUUCAGGAACUUGGAAUUAGAAUUCCUAGACCACUGGGACAUGGACCAAGCAGAUUCAUCCCAGAGAAGGAGAUUCUUCAAGUGGGAAAUGAAGAUGCCCAGAUGCAUACAUUGUUUGCAGAUUCUUUUGCUACUUUGGGCCGUUUGGACAACAUCACCUUAGUGAUGGUUUUCCACCCGCAGUAUCUAGGAAGCUUUCUGAAAACUCAGCACUAUCUACUGCAGAUGGAUGGCCCAUUGCCUCUUCAUUACCGACACUACAUAGGGAUAAUGGCUGCAGCAAGACAUCAGUGCUCCUAUCUAGUUAACCUCCAUGUUAAUGACUUCCUUCAUGUUGGAGGAGACCCCAAAUGGCUGAAUGGCCUAGAGAAUGCACCUCACAAACUGCAAAAUUUAGGAGAAUUGAAUAAAAUAUUGGCUCAUCGGCCCUGGCUUAUCACCAAAGAGCAUAUUGAGCAACUUCUGAAGACAGAAGAGCAUAGCUGGUCCCUGGCAGAGCUGAUCCACGCAGUUGUUCUCCUUACACACUACCAUUCACUUGCGUCUUUCACAUUUGGCUGUGGAAUCAGCCCAGAAAUUCAUUGUGAGGGUGGCCACACCUUCAAGCUCCCCUCUGUCAGUAACUAUUGCAUCUGUGAUAUUACAAAUGGAAACCAUGGAGUGGAUGAAACUCAUGACAGCCCAGCUGGAAGCAUUUCAACUACAGAAUCUUUCUGUGAAGUUGAAGCACUUAUGGAGAAAAUGAAGAAGCUACAAGAGUGCAGAGAUGAAGAGGAAGCCAGCCAAGAGGAGAUGGCCACACGUUUUGAGAGAGAGAAGAGAGAAAGCAUGUUUGUGUGUUGUUCAGAGGAUGAGGAAUCAGCGCCGACAAGAGAUGUAUCUCGCCACUUUGAGGAUACAAGCUAUGGGUAUAAAGACUUCUCCAGACGUGGAAUGCAUGUGCCUACAUUCCGUGUUCAGGACUAUUCCUGGGAGGACCAUGGCUAUUCCUUGGUUAAUCGUCUUUACCCAGAUGUGGGGCAGCUGAUUGAUGAGAAGUUUCAUAUUGCUUAUGAUCUGACGUACAAUACAAUGGCCAUGCACAAAGAUGUGGAUACCUCCAUGCUUAGACGUGCAAUUUGGAAUUAUAUCCACUGUAUGUUUGGAAUAAGAUACGAUGAUUAUGACUAUGGUGAAAUUAAUCAGUUGUUGGAUCGCAGUUUUAAAGUUUACAUCAAAACUGUGGUUUGCACUCCUGAAAAAACCACAAAAAGAAUGUAUGAUAGCUUCUGGAGGCAGUUCAAACACUCUGAGAAGGUUCAUGUUAAUUUGCUUCUUAUAGAAGCUCGGAUGCAAGCUGAACUACUUUAUGCUCUGAGAGCUAUUACUCAUUAUAUGACCUGAUACCUUUGACUGACUAACAACGAUGGAAUGUUCAGCCGAUACAGCCUAUAGCGUGAACCUAUUAAGCACCAGGACCAAUGGUCACUAGAAAUUAAGAGACUUUGCCGUAACUUCUUUAGUUUCAGCUAUUUCAUUGUUGGAAUAUCGCUGUUGCCACUGAGCAGUGACUGCGUGGCAGUUGAAAGGAUAGAGUUGUGUCAAAGUGCUGCCUGUUCACAGUAUUGGGCUUUAGACAGCAUAGGAAACCAUGACUUGUGGCAAUACAGCAGAUGGUAAAUACAUAAAUCUUGUAUUAGGUUAAAUACAAUGGGAGCUGGAGCAUAAGAAGCAAAAAAAAAAAAAAAAGUGCACCUUGAUGACUCCUGCUUUUGAUACAUAAGAAUAAUUUUAGAAAACCCAGAUGCUGCUAUUUGUGCUGGUGGAAUGAACUGAGACUGGCUGUUCCAGUUAAGCUGUAAGUGAAAAUGAGCACUGUUAUAUUCUGAGCCUACAUUGUGUGUGGUUUUAAAGAAAACAUGCCCCCUUGUUUAGCAUCUUCUUAAAGGUCAGAAUUAAUCUUCCUCAGGCCAUACUGACAAUUUAGAAGGUAACAGAGAUUUCUCUUACUGUAGUAUCGCCUUAAAGAAAAACAUGUUGUAGGACAAUGUGUUCAGAAUUCUUUGGUGAAAUCCAAAGCGCAAUGGUCUUCCUGUAGGGAGGGGAUGGGGAAAUUCAGUCCUGAAAGCUAGUUAGAUAAGUGUAGAACUACAUGAAUUGCCCCUUAAUCUGCUCUCCAAGGAUCAACAAUUUCUGUCACUAAUGCCCAUUCCUUUGUUGUCCUGCAUUUUUUUGUUUCUAGGAGCUAGCUAAGGUGUGGGAAUGUUACACUGACUGUUUGGCAGUCCAGAGUAUCAUAAGCCCAGUGCUUAAUGAUCUUAAUGAUUUUGCAGCUGCUUAAGUAACUAAGCUGAAAAACAUCUAUUUUUUAGUAAAUAAAAACAUUAAAAUGAUGAUGUUCAAUAUACAGUUGGUUUCAGAGAAUACAUGAAACACUUAUAUGGGUGUGAAUUGCUUUUGAAAUCUGUCAGUAUUACUGGUAUUUUUAAAUAAAGGGUAGCAACUUU